UUUUCUUUUUUUUUUCUUUUUUUUUUCUUUUUUUUUUAUUUUUAUUGAUCGAACGCCUUCAUAUCUCCCUCGUGUCUUAAAACGUCUCAUUUCAUCCCGAGACUUAUAGAUAAUAACAUGGUCAUCAUUGUUUAUUUGAAUCACAAUAGACACAAGAGAAAAGAAAGACAACAACCAUCGAUCCAAAAUGAUCCCCCCUCCCCUUCUCAUUGUUUAAACAUGUCUUAUUUAACCCUCCCCUUGUUCAUCACAAGUUAACAUAGGUCAUGUUUUCUCUUGCUCAAAAUUUACCUCCGAGUAUUAUUGAGGGAAUACUCUCACAGGUAUCUCAAAGAGAUGUUUAUCAAUGCAUGUUUGUUUGCAAGACAUGGUUAAUGCAAGCACGUAGUCUAGUCUAUCAUACCCUCCAUCUCCCAUGUAAGAGGAACGGAUUUGCCACAUUUCUUUCCAUGGUAGAGUCUUCCCACGCAUGCUUUCAUUCCGUUCGAUCUCUUCAAUUGGAUGACUGUUCCGUAAAUCAAAAUCUAAUAAAAGACUAUUUGUUUCACCAAAUAUUCUCAAGUUUCCCAAACCUGUGCCACAUUGACAUGACGCGUAUCAAAUCCACAUCCGAUCUAGAAUACCUAUUGACCAUGCUAAAUACCUCUUUACAUCAAUACCCUCUUCAUUCUCUCCAGCAUGUCCAAAUACCUUCUCUGAUAGCAUCACAUAUUCCACUCAUGGACGCUUAUUUUAAGACUUGCUACACAGCACGACAAUCACUACAACAGCUCACUCUAUAUCCUUCUCACAUGAACUCUCUCCAAAAACUGUCAGAUUUUCCAAACCUGUACCAUCUUACCAUCUAUAACAAGGAUUGUGUGGUCAUUGAAGAAAAUGAACGUGUCAUACUAGCUUUUCUCCUUGCAUCAUGUCCCCACUUGAUCACUUUGAAUAUCUAUCAUCAGAUCAAAAGAUCAGAUACAUCCAACAAACUACUUCCGUGUGAAUUAUUAUCAUUACCCUUACGUCAUAUAGAUCAUCACUAUAGAAACUUGAGAAAUUUAUCCUUAUCAACCACUACCUUGGAUACAGCUCAGAUGGAAUACAUUCUAUCAUUUAUAUCAACCUCUCACCUAACAUCGCUCUCAAUCAAUCUGGAAAACCAUAGGACCUUACAGGAAUGGAUUGGGGAGGCCUCUAUAGACACUGUAUUAAGAUUCGCACAUCAUUUGAGUCUCGUAUCGAAACUCAUGUUUAGAAUCGCCAGUAAAUACGAUGAAACAGAUGACCGUCUUACUUUAAACAAUGUAUUGCAAGUCAAUGCAUUAUUAUGGUCCAUGGCCAAUAGCAUCAUGACUACAGCAGGAACUAACACUGAAAAAGUUUAUCUGAAACUAGACUGCAUGGCAGAUCUCCAUGAUUGUUUCUCUGAUGAGACCACCACCCCAACGGCGACGACGACGACAACAACAAUGGCUUCAUUAUUAAAUAAGCAAGAUUUUCAAUUUGAAAUUGAUAGAACAGACAAUGGUUCAUGGCACCUAUGGCAAUGUGCUCCAUUUUCUAUCAUGAUGGCUCAUUUUUUUUCCACUGAAACAAGUCCAUCCAUACAGCAUAUAACACACCUAGAUUUAAAAGUGCCUGAAAAUCAAUUGAUCGAUGGUUUAACUCUGAUACUGACCUAUUUUACUCGACUCGUCGAAUUCACUUUAACUUCUCCCCUGACAUCACAAUCGAUACGAGGCUCAAAAGAUGAGGAAGCUUGUUCUUUAGCAACCAAAUUUGAUGCAUUGCAUAUCAAGCAUGUGGCUUUAUCUACCUCAUGGAUCCAUACACUGGAUAGGUGGCUGCCUUCCAUUGAAACCCUUUGGAUUGAAGACUGUCUGUUUCCAGAAAGAGAUGUUUUGCUGGAUUUGAGUUGCAUGAAACAUUUACAUUAUUGCUAUUUUCAAUUUCCAGAGCUGGCGAGUCGAUACCCACACGUCCUUGUGAAAUUAACGACUCAAAAAGACAAUGGAAGGAUCACUUAUUUGACCUUGGUACCCCAACAAGAAGUAGAACGCCGUGUGUUUGUAGAAAUAGACAGUUUGCAGAUAAAUCAGUUCUUGCUGUCUCAUCCUAACGUAUUUACAAUUGAGAUUGUCUUGUCUUGUCUUGACAUUUUUAAAUUAGACAAGUGGUAUGAAAAAUAGACAUGUAUCUAUCUGUAGCUACUCCCCCUAAUAAAAACCGCUGCUUAAAAAGACGGAUGGCGCGGUAUAUCUCGCGCUUGAUAGGAUUGGCUUUUUCAAGUGUUUAUCUUUUCUGUGUCAUUGCGAAUGCGUAAAUCAUGUUUUUAAAGUGAGAACCAGACCUUAAUAACACCGAAACGUUUUUUUUUUUUUUUUUUUUUUUUUU